AUGACUAGACGACAUAAAGCAUACAUCAUUUUUUUCUUUGAAAUUAUUUUAAUACAUGUAUCAAAUCAAACAAUAUAUAGUUGUUCAUCAACAAGUUCAUGUGGAUGUUCAACUAAUUCAGCUAUUUUAACAAAAAUUGUUGGAGGAGAAUCAGCUUCAAGUCAAACAUGGGGAUGGGCUGCAUCUCUUCGUUAUACAUCUAGUGGUUCACAUUUUUGUGGUGGUUCAAUUAUAACUAAUUUACAUAUUCUUACUGCUGCUCAUUGUACUAUACAAUUAUCAUCAUCUCCUGCUUCAGUUUUAGUCUAUGUUGGAUCAAUAUAUUUAUCAGAAAGAGUUCAAAUACGUAGUGUUUCAAAAAUAUAUAUUCAUCCAAAUUAUUCGUCAGUUAAUUUUAUCAAUGAUAUUUCUAUAAUUAAAUUAUCAUCUGAAUUAAAUCUUGAUCAAAAUGGUGUUGAUAUUAUUUGUUUACCUAAUGUAUCAUCGAGCAUACUUGCUAGUACAGAAUAUCCACCAGUUAAUACUGAUCUUAUUGCUAUUGGUUGGGGUUAUACAUCAGAAGGAAGUGGUAUAGUGUCUUCUAUACUUCAGCAAGUAACAAUUAAAUCAGUAGCUGCAACUAGUACCUAUUGUAAAAAUGUAAAACUUGCUGAUGCAUCUAAACAAUUUUGUGCUGGAAUAAUGCCUGGUGGUAAUAAGGAUACAUGUCAAGGUGAUAGUGGGGGUCCAAUAUUAAUGUUUAUUUCCGAUAAUGUUUGGGAACAAGUCGGAAUAACUUCGACUGGUAUUGGAUGCGCAAGAGCUCUAUAUCCUGGUAUUUAUACACGAGUUGCAGCUUAUCAAUCAUGGAUAAAUGAAACAGUUAAUAGUGCAAAUAAUAUAUCAUUUAUUAUUCAGAUUAUUUUAAUUUCAAUUAUUUCACAAAUUUUCUUUUAUUAA